AUGUGCUCGCCUGGCUUUCUUGCUCCAUGGAAGGACCUGCCGAGGACACAAGCCGAAGCCCACGUCCCGGUUGCUUUGGGAACAGCUGGCUGGUUUGUUGGUGAGAUCACAGCAAAAGCUGACGACUACUCGCCCUUCCCGGGCUCUUAUUCAGCCUUUGAUGAGGAGAACCAGUGGGUAGCAACUUCCUUCGCCGGCUGGCUCUUCUUUGCUUUGUUUGGCUUCCAAGUGGCAUCAAGAUUUGGCGACGGAUUCGGCGACGAAUCGAAAUGA